AAUAACGAAGCGGCAACAGUGGUUGAGUCGUCUGCUUGAAUCGGUUGGGUUGGUUGAAAUGUGUUGAAAAAAGUGCACGAAAAUAUCAACAUGCUCAAUUGAUGAUUCUUCUUUGUAUUUAUGAAAGCGCCAAUGGUUUGAGCAGUCAACCUUAACAUUUUUCUUGAUAGACAUUGACAAUGGAUGGAAACGAUCAAACGUGCCCAAAAUGCAAGACAACCAAAUACCGAAAUCCUGCCAUGAUUCUCAUGGUAAAUGCCUGUGGUCAUGCUCUUUGCGAGUCCUGCGUAGAACUUCUCUUCGCCAAAGGCUCUGGGGCUUGUCCGGAAUGCAAGUGUGCACUCAGAAGACAAAAUUUUAGAAUUCAGCUCUUUGAGGAUCCUGCUGUUGACAAAGAGGUUGAUAUCCGCAAGAGAAUUCUGAAAGAGUUUAACAAACGCCAGGAGGAUUUCUCCACUCUGCGAGAGUACAAUGAUUACCUGGAAGAGGUGGAGAAUAUAAUUUUCAACCUGGUUUUCGAUGUUGACUCUACAAACACCAACAAGAUGAUUGACAACUACAAGAAGGAAAACAAAGACAUCACAAUGAAAAACAGAAACAGGCAGAGCCAAGAAGAGAUUGAGUUGGAAGAGCUAUUGGAAGCUGAAAAAGCCCAGCAGUCGGAAAAGGCCAAUUCGUACGUCAAUGCCGAGCUGGAAGAAAAGAAGCAGAAACACAAGGCUCGAGAGAAACUUAUCGAUGAGCUCAUGUUCUCGGACGCCGAUGCCAAGUCGAUCGUGGCCUCUCACGUUCAAGCAACCGCCGCACUGGCUAAGGAACAACCGAAAGCAGCAGCCCAGGCCGGUGGACCAGUUGUCAAAUCGAGCAAAUUCUCAUCAGGAAUUCAGAUUGGCCUUCGUCAGAACACGAGUUCGUUCCUUCCCAUUCCCAAGCAACAAGAUUUGCCACUCUUCCAUUACUCGGCUCCCGUUUUCGACUACAACGGGCCUUCACCUCCGGCCAUCGAGGUGCUCGGCAAGUUGAAGUAUUUCGCCAAUAUCCGAGCGGCCAAUGCUACUGAAAGAGCCGGUGGCUACACUGAAGCUUUAUCUUGCUGCCGGGCUCUUCAAGAGGCGAUGGGGGGAUUGUUUUAUAUCCCGCAAUCGGGCCACAAGACAGCCGUAGCCGCUUCAGCCGAAGAAACCGACGACAUGGAAACAGCAUAAACCUUUCUCCUUUACCUACUUUUUUCAACAAAAUUUGUCUGCUGGCCUCUCCUUUGAAGGACAAACAUUUACCCUCUUUUGUAAUUUAUCCAACAUAGGCAAAAUUGAAAUACAACCAAGAAAAGCAAGAAA